UCAUGGAAUUUGUGGACAUAACCUAAUUUACACUAAUUAGAAAAUAACUAAUUAAAAUCGCGAAAAAUGGAUGGUGUUGAUACAUACAAUAGCUUUUUAGCUAUGCACAAGCCUCAACUAUUGCUUUCAAAAGUUCCAGAAUAUUUUUGGCCAACUUUAUGUAAGAAACUCAAGGAUCAAAUUUUCGAUUCCGGCUUAACUUUCCAACUCGUACAAAUUGACUAUGAAGAUGGUGAAAAAAUGCCCUACGAUCCUCUGUGGAGUGUUAUGGCUAUUACAGACAUAGACCGGUCUGAUCCAACUCAUAUUUACCUAGUUGAUCACGCGUGGACUUUUAGGGCUAAUCGUAUUAAAAGCUCUCUUCAAAAUAUGCCUGAACUAUUGCAAAGGAUGUGUGCAAUGAUGCAAAUAAGUGCUGAUUCGACAGAGGAACAAAUAGAGAUGGUCUCACAGAAGGUAUGGAAGUAUGCUCAUACUUAUUCUAUAGCAAACAAUGAAUAUUCAGUUGAAGAAAGGGUACCUAUUUGGUAUGUCCUGGACGAGUUGGGCUCAGGAAUAACACACUCGGACACCCCAAAUUUUAAGGCUGUGCCAUUUAUAAAUAUUUCUGAGCAAAUGACCUACACACUACUGUUUCCUAUUGAAAAUGUUGAACAAGGUGACGUUAUCACUAGGGACUUUGCUGAGGGCUUUCAAGUCAGUCCAAUGAAGAGGGAUGCAUUGCUCAUCCCUUGGAGACAUUACAACCAUUUUGAUGAAGACUUCUCCCAAGAAGAACCAGAUAAAGAUUAUUUUCUUGAUGGACACAUUGCUGAGACUUUACCUGAACUGGAUAUUCUAAAAAACAGGCAAAGACCAGAGAAACUAAAAGUAUUCUCAGAGUACAGAUACAUCAAUGAUUAUUUAAAUGCACCAGAGUUUGAAAUAGUUGAUAAUGCGGAGGAAGCUGAUGUAUUAUGGUUCAUAAAUCAUUUUAAAACAUUCAAAGAGCUGAGUGAAGUAUCACCAAAUAAGUUUGUCAACCAAUUUCCUUAUGAAUAUGUUAUCACCAUUAAAGAUCUCUUAGCUAUUGUAGCAAGGAGAAGUGCUAAGCAAAAACCCACUUCAUCUGGAAGUCUUGAAACUUAUCCUCUUUGGCUGCCCACAACAUAUAAUCUAAAGACAGAAUUGCCACAGUUAGUGGCAUACUACAUGCAGAGACAAAGAGCUGGAUUAGAUAACCAUUGGAUUUGUAAGCCAUAUAACUUAGCAAGGAGCAUAGACACAUACAUCACUAAUAAUUUGGAUUUCAUUUGCCGUUUGCCAUUGACUGGACCAAAAAUUGCACAAAAGUACAUUGAUAAUCCAGUGUUAUUUGAUAGGCCUGAUAUAGGAAUGGUGAAAUUUGAUAUCCGUUAUGUUAUUUUGCUAAAAUCAGUUGACCCCACUGAAGUUUAUGUUUACAAUAACUUCUUCCUUAGAUUUUCUAACAAACCUUUUGCUCUUAAUAAUCUUGAAGAUUACGAGCAACAUUUUACUGUGAUGAAUUACACAGAAGGAGCUCCAUUGUAUAGGUUACUUUGUGAGGAGUUCAAACGAGAAUGGUCAAAACAGUAUGCAAAUUAUGAUUGGGAUGCAGUAGAAAAAUCUAUCUUUCAAAUGAUAUCAGAACUGUUUGUAGCUGCUACAGCUAAAAAUGCUCCUUGUGGCAUUGCUAAAAGCCCACAAUCAAGAGCUUUGUAUGCAGCUGAUAUUAUGUUAAGUUGGCAUCAACCAAGUAAUGAUUUGAUAAUUCAGCCUAAAUUAUUAGAGGUAAAUUGGAUGCCCGACUGCCAACGGGCUUGUGAGUACUAUCCUAAUUUCUACAAUGACAUUUUCUCUGUUAUGUUUUUGGAUAAAGACGUUAGCACCUGUACUAAAGUUCUGUAAACUCAAUGAAACAUUGUAUGCAAGUUAUUCAACUCUAUAUUUGUAUCACAUUUUAUUGUAAUCAGAAUUUUUUAUACAAUAAAUAUGAAUAUAAAACAAAGGACAUCAUUUUUAUGGACUAAAAUCAAAA